AUGAAAUUCCAACAUUGUACGCGUAUUUGGAACCAGAAAUUUGGGAAUGUCAGGUGUCCUCGGCUCCUCCAGACUGAUUCGAUUGCGGAACCAGAUUCCGAAGUCACUGGGCGCGAAUCUCAGCAGAAUGGGGAGCCUCAGACAGUGGUUGACGGAAAAAACAGUUACAAGAGUAAAUGUGGACACGUGAUUAUAUUACCUUUUAUGUUUAAACCAGUAUAUGUGUUUUACAGCUUACCUUCAGCUUCUGGUUUAGCAUUUCGGCAUGAGCUUAAGAUCAAACGAGCUCAAAGGCGAAUGAGUGAUGACAGAUGUCAAAAUAAGUAUAAAUCGUUUAAUAAACAUUUAUGCGUAAUUCUUACAUUGUUUUUUGAUUGUAUAUCCUUGUUCCCAGGUCUAGAGAACAUCGAAAUUACAGAUCUUAUGUUGCCACUACGUGCACUUUGGCUGUCCCAAAAGACAGCGCUGUCUUUCAAAAUUUAUUUAUUGUUACUGAGGGGUGAUUAUUUGCUUUUUUGUGUUUUUUGUUUUUGUUUUACGAGUGACCAAGAGCACAAUUGGGACAACAAGUCAAAAGAAGUAUUUUUUAUGAAAGAAAGCACACUGUUUUUAAACGGCCAGCGUUUGAAAGUAUAG